GGUGCCACACUUCCUCAACAGACUAAUCACACAGAGCGAGGAAAAAAAAAGGAGGAGGAAAAGAGUAACUUUCAUCGCGCUUGUGGAGAAGAAGAUCCGCAGCUGAGUUUUGCAGGGCGAGGCUCUCCUGGUACUCGUCACCAUGGCUCCUUUCCUGAGGAUCGCCUUCAACUCGUACGACAUGGGUAUAUUGCCUUUGUCUGACGAUGAGCCCUUCUGUGCAAUCAAAAUGAAGGAAGCUUUAACUACAGAACGAGGUAAGACACUCGUUCAGAGAAAGCCCACCAUGUACCCGGCCUGGAAAGCCAGCUUCGACGCGCACAUCUACGAGGGCCGCGUGCUUGAGAUACUGCUGAUGAAGACGCCGGAGGCGGCGCUCGCCGAGGUCACCGUCGGCGUCUCCGUUCUCGCUGAGCGCUGCAAGAAAGCCAACGGGCGUGCUGAAUUCUGGGUGGAUCUCCAUCCAUCGGGGAAAGUGAUGAUGGCGGUGCAGUAUUUUCUGGAGGAUACGGAUCAAGAGAGCAAGCAGGCGGCGAAGGAGGAAGAGGCUCCUACGCUGAACCGUAGACGAGGAGCCAUCAAGCAAGCGAAGAUCCACUUCAUAAAGAACCACGAGUUCAUCGCCACGUUCUUCAGGCAGCCCACUUUCUGUUCUGUGUGCAGAGAGUUUGUCUGGGGACUGAACAAGCAAGGCUAUAAAUGCAGACAAUGCAAUGCAGCCAUCCAUAAGAAGUGCAUAGACAAAAUCAUAGGCAGAUGCACGGGUACUGCUGCCAACAGUCGGGACACCGUGUUCCAGAAGGAGCGGUUUAAGAUCGACAUGCCCCACCGUUUCAAGACCAACAACUACAUGAGUCCCACCUUUUGCGACCACUGCGGGAGCCUGCUGUGGGGUCUGGUCAAACAGGGCUUGAAGUGUGAAGAGUGUGCCAUGAACGUUCAUCACAAGUGUCAGGACAAAGUGGCCAACCUGUGUGGGAUCAAUCAGAAGCUUCUAGCCGAAGCACUAACACAAAUCAGUCAGAAAUCUUCCACUCGUCGCUCAGAUCCCAACCUGCCUGCUGGUAUUGCUGAUAUUGGAAUAUACGAUGAAGUUAACAAACUUUCUGAACUUGGGAUCAACGACGGGUCCCCAUAUGGCAGACUUUGGGAAGGAUCCACCCAAAGACCACAGUCUCGAAUUACCCACCUGACCCGAGUCAACAUCGACAACUUCGUCCUCCACAAGGUGUUGGGAAAAGGCAGCUUUGGAAAGGUCCUCCUUGCAGAGCUGAAGGGCCGUGGGGAGUAUUUUGCCAUAAAGGCUCUAAAGAAGGACGUGGUGCUGAUGGAUGAUGAUGUGGAGUGCACUAUGGUAGAGAAGAGGGUCUUGGCUUUAGCCUGGGAAAACCCCUUCCUCACCCACCUUUACUGCACCUUCCAGACAAAGGAGCAUCUGUUCUUUGUGAUGGAGUAUCUUAACGGAGGCGAUCUGAUGUUUCACAUUCAGGAAAAAGGCCGCUUCGAGCUUAACAGAGCCACGUUUUACUCUGCCGAGAUCGUUUGUGGUCUGCAGUUCUUGCACUCCAAAGGAAUCAUCUACAGAGAUCUUAAAUUAGACAAUGUCAUGCUGGAUCAUGACGGCCACAUAAAGAUCGCUGACUUCGGUAUGUGCAAGGAGAACGUGUUCGGGGAGAAUCGGGCCACAACUUUCUGUGGCACCCCUGACUACAUUGCUCCUGAGAUCCUGUUGGGACAGAAGUACACGUUCUCAGUUGACUGGUGGUCGUUCGGGGUGUUGCUGUACGAGAUGCUGAUUGGCCAGUCGCCUUUUCACGGUGAUGAUGAGGAUGAGUUGUUUGAGUCCAUCCGCAUGGACACUCCCCACUAUCCUCGCUGGAUCAACAAGGAGGCCAAAGACCUGCUUGAACAGUUGUUUGACAGGGACCCAACACACAGGCUAGGAGUUGUGGGAAACAUCCGGUUACAUCCCUUCUUCAAGACCAUUAACUGGCAGUCUUUGGAGAGGAGAGAGGUUGACCCACCCUUCAAACCCAAAGUGAAAGCACCAAAUGACUGCAGUAACUUCGAUCGGGAGUUCCUCAAUGAGAAGGCACGGCUUUCUCACAGCGACAAGAACUUCAUAGACUCCAUGGACCCUUCUGCAUUUGCCGGCUUUUCCUUCAUAAACCCCAAGAUGGAGCACCUUCUAGAGAAGUGAUCGCCUUUACCACCAGCCUGACUCAGGGGGUGUCUCCUGUCGUUUAUGGGACGAUUCUCCGACUUAGAGACAAAUGAGGCGCUCCUCAAAUAAAUCAGUAUUUAUAUAACUUUUAUUUUGGGUUGCAAACCAUUGCCCAUUGGUACAUAUAGAAAG